CAUUAUCAUGUUCACUUUCGUUCGGACAAGCGGUGGCCACUUCUGGACGGUCUCGUGUCGUCUUUGUCAAAGCGUUCGUGGUUGUAAUUAGUCGUGCUUUCUAGUGGAUCACGUUAGUAUCACCGGCAAUAAUAGUUAGUUCUAACCGGCAAUUGGUUCUAGGCGGAGACUCACUCUUAGAGUGAAAAAUGUUUCGAUUUCAAAUAAAUAUCAAUGGAAAUUGAGGAUCACUAUUCAGAAGACGUGUAAUUAGCGGUUGGAGCAGAGCUGAACGCUCAGAACUUCCAUAGUGCGCGCGAACUAGCUUCUUUCACGAUUGAAUAACUAAUAUAAACAAUGAUCGGCCAUAACCAAAAGAUAUUCUACGGCGCAAGCCUGCUGCUGCUACUAAUCGCCGCAUUAGGCGAGGCCAAAGUUUACUCCAAAUGUGAUCUGGCCAAGGAAUUGGGCAAAAACGGAAUUUCCCGUACGUUCUACGGCAACUGGAUUUGUCUGGCCAACGCCGAGAGCGGCAUGGAUACCACCAAAGUAACGCGGCUUCCGAACCAAACCGCCAGCUAUGGGAUCUUUCAAAUCAACAGUAAGCAAUGGUGCCGUCCCGGUCGUAAAGCUGGUGUGUGUAAUAUGAAAUGUGAAGAUUUUUUGGAUGACGACAUCACCAACGACAUAGAGUGCGUCAAGCUCAUCCAGAGUCGGCUAGGAUUCAACGGCUGGGCCGUUUGGGUGAAGAAGUGCAAGGGAAAAGAACUGCCCAACAUUUCGAACUGUAACCUUUAGACUAUGUGAGCAAUACCGGCCACGGAUGGCAAACGAAUGUGAUACAACUGAGUUUUUCAAAUGAAACAUCACUCUCCACUGUACCUUAAUUCAGGAGAAUAAACACAAGACUAUACCUAAUCAACCUUGCAAAUAAC